CCGCUUGGGGUCGCUAACGCUUCGUCUUGCUUUGGUUUUACAACCCACACCCCCGUGGGUAGACAUGCUAAGGUAGCAACCUCAUUUGCUGUGGAGCGAUUUUAAACAUAUUUUAGUUUAUAACUUUAACGUUAUACCUGAUAACACAGAUCUGCUCUAGUGUCCUCAAGAGGUGAUGCUGCAUGUGUUGCGCUGUCCUCUGCAGAGGACUCUCAUCUCUUUACAAUGGACAUGUCUACGCUCCUUCUACUCCACCAAGCCUCACUCUUUUCAGGGUGAGGACUCCACAGAGACUCGCCUGAACCCCCUUAACAUUCAGAUGCUGUCAAGGAACCUCCACGAGCAGAUCUUUCGAGGGCUGGAACCAAAGUACAGAGAGGACGAUGUGGAGCGCAGCAUUAGUCACCUGCAGAAACACCAGCUGUGGGGGAAGGAAACUUCACUGUUACCUAAUGUGGAGCUGAAGCUUCCACAAAUGUAUGGCAAAAAUAUUGAUGAGCACUUUCGUAUCUUGGCCGAGAAGCAGAGUCUUCCCUACCUUGAGGCUGCCUCCAAGCUGCAGCUGGCUGAGCUCCCUCCCAUGCCACAGGAAUGGAGCUGGCAGGUUGGCUGGACACGCUAUGGGCCCAAUGGGGAGAGUAAGAAGGUUGAUUUCCCAGAGGAGUCAGCACUGGUGUUUGAUGUGGAGGUGUGCAUAACGGAGGGACGGUGUCCCACACUGGCUGUUGCUGUGUCUCCCACUAACUGGUACUCCUGGUGCAGUAAGCGUCUGAUUGAAGAGCGGUACUCCUGGUCAAACCAGUUGACCCUAGCUGACCUCAUCCCACUGGAGACACCUAUCAACUCUGCCCACCCGCCAGGGGAUCAGUGGAAGGAGAGACUCAUAGUGGGCCAUAAUGUCAGUUUUGACCGAUCUUACAUUAAGGAGCAAUAUUUACUAAAGGGUUCUAAGGUACGCUUCAUGGACACCAUGAGCCUUCACAUGGCCAUCUCUGGGCUGACUGGGUUCCAGCGCACACUGUGGAUGGCCAAUAAGCUGGGUAAAAGGAGGGGUCUUCAGGAGGUCAAGGCACACAUUAAGAAAGCUGGACAGAAAAGGGAGGGCCCAACGAUUGGCUCCUGGGACUGGUUGAAUAUUAGCAGCAUUAAUAACCUGGCUGAUGUCCAUGCUCUGUAUGUGGGAGGGCCGCCACUGCAGAAAGAGGCCAGAGAGACCUUUGUGAAGGGCAGCAUGAUGGAUGUCAGGAAGAACUUCCAGGAGUUAAUGCAGUACUGCGCCAUGGAUGUUCAGGCCACACAUCAAGUCUUCACAGAACAGCUACCCCUCUUCAUGGAGAGGUGCCCUCAUCCAGUGACGUUUGCAGGAAUGCUGGAGAUGGGUGUGAGCUACCUUCCUGUCAAUCAAAACUGGGGGCGUUACCUGGAAGAUUCUCAGGACAUUUACGAAGAGCUCCAGAGAGAGAUGAAGAAGUCUCUGAUGACUCUGGCGGAUGAUGCCUGCCAGCUGCUGCAGGAUGACAAAUACAAAGAAGACCCCUGGCUUUGGGAUCUUGAGUGGGAUGUGCAGGAGUUCAAGCUGAAGAAAGUAGCAGCCAGCAAGAAGAAACUCUCCAAAAAAGCAGCUGAAACACAAGUCGCUACUCCUCUUCCACACUGGGAGGAAGAUCCAGGUCCACCCUCAGAAGAGGGGAUGGCAAGCCCUUGCCCCAGCAGGCUGGCUGUGGAGAAGCUGAAGGAAACAGUGAAUCGACUUCCUAAGAGAAGGCAACAUCUGCCUGGACAUCCAGGGUGGUAUCGUAAGCUGUGUGAGAGGAUGUCUGAGGGGGACAGCUGGUCACCUGGAGCCGGCCUCAUCAGUCUACAGAUGAGAGUGACUCCUAAGCUGAUGGGUCUGACGUGGGAUGGUUUCCCCCUGCAUUACACAGAGAAACAUGGGUGGGGUUACCUGGUACCUGGACGCAGGGAUAACCUGGUAUCUCAGGAGGAAAAUACAGGGCCUGUGUGCCCAUACAGAGUUAUUGAGAGUGUUUACAGAGAGUAUUGUGAGCAGAACAGCAAAGAGCAGCCUGAAUAUCUGGACAGCAACCCUUCGGAGGACCUCAUGUGGACAGACAGCACAGUGUGGGCAAAGGUGGAGGAAUUAAGUUCCCUGGAAAGUCUGACAGAGGAAAAUGGAGUCAGAGUGACAAAAAAUGGGAAGAAGAAGAAGAAAAACGGGUCUGAAGAUCCACAUUAUGUCCCAGAGGAGAGUCACUGCCAUUAUCACCAUGGAAACGGUCCCUACAAUGAUGUAGAUAUCCCAGGGUGUUGGUUUUUCAAAUUACCUCAUAAGGAUGGUAAUCACAACAAUGUUGGCAGUCCUUUUUCAAAAGACUUUCUGUCCAAGAUGGAGGAUGGCACUCUCAGGGCAGGACGAGGUGGAACCAAUGCUACACGGGCUCUAGAGAUCAACAAAAUGAUCUCCUUCUGGAGGAAUUCCCAUAAACGCAUAAGCUCUCAGAUGGUGCUGUGGCUGCAAGAGGAAGAGCUUCCUUGGACUGUCAGUGGACACAAAGAGUUUGAUAAAGAGGGCCAGUAUGGUGCCAUAUUACCUCAAGUCAUCACCGCUGGAACAGUAACGCGUAGGGCUGUUGAGCCAACGUGGCUGACUGCCAGUAAUGCACGGCGGGAUCGAGUUGGCAGCGAGCUGAAGGCCAUGGUGCAGGUACCACCUGGAUAUCACCUGGUGGGGGCAGAUGUAGACUCUCAAGAGUUGUGGAUCGCUGCUGUGCUUGGAGAGGCUCACUUUGCCGGCAUGCACGGUUGUACAGCGUUUGGCUGGAUGACCCUUCAGGGAAAGAAGAGUCAGGGUACUGACCUGCACAGCCGCACUGCUGACACUGUGGGCAUCAGCCGAGAGCAUGCCAAGGUGUUCAACUAUGGACGCAUUUAUGGUGCAGGGCAACCCUUUGCUGAGAGGCUGCUAAUGCAGUUCAAUCACCGCCUCAAUCAGACAGAAGCUGCCAGUAAGGCCAGGCAGAUGUACGCCUUAACAAAAGGCAUACGCAGCUACCGUCUGACAGAAGAGGGUGAGUGGCUGGUCAAUGAACUGGGUAUAGAGGUGGAGAGGGAGGAAAAUGGAAGUGUCACCCUGCAGGAAUUGCGGAGGAUCACUAGACUGGCGUCACAGUGCUCUCGGCGGAAGAAGUGGGAUAUGGUCGAAAAACGUCUGUGGGCUGGAGGUACAGAGUCGGACAUGUUCAAUAAGCUGGAGAGCAUUGCUCAUUCAGCCCAGCCAGCCACUCCUGUUCUAGGCUGCAGGAUAAGCAGAGCGCUGGAGCCCAAGGCAGUUAAGGAUGAGUUUAUCACGAGCAGAGUGAACUGGGUGGUCCAGAGCUCUGCAGUGGACUACCUACAUCUGAUGCUGGUGGCCAUGAAGUGGCUCUUUGAGGAGCACGACAUCGAUGGCCGUUUCUGCAUCAGCAUCCACGAUGAGGUGCGGUACCUUGUCUGCAGCGAAGACCGUUACAGAGCAGCGCUGGCACUUCAGGUCACAAACCUGCUCACGAGGAGUGUGUUCGCCUAUGCGUUAGGCAUGCAGGACCUUCCCCAGUCAGUAGCUUUCUUCAGUUCGGUUGACGUUGACCAGUGUCUGAGGAAGGAGGUCACCAUGGACUGCGUAACCCCCUCCAACCCCACAGGUCUGGAACGAAGAUACAGCCUACAACCUGGUGAGGCCUUGGACAUCUACCAAAUCAUCGACAUCACUAAAGGCUCUCUGGACAAAUGAAGAUAGCACUUUGUGGGUCAAGCUACUGUUAUUCAGAACAGCAGUUCAAACACACCUCUGCCACGAGGCCAUUCAGCAGCUGGUCAAAGUUGAAGAUCAGUGAGGAAUUUGGAGAUGUGUGUAUCUCUCUCACACACAGACACACACACACACAGGAGUCUUAGCUCACUGUUUUCUCUUCUUCUGUUUGGGUUCAUGUGUCUCCUCUGCGUCCUGUGACUCUGUGGUCUGAAAGGAAUGGAAGAAGAAACAGACACUGAGAUCUCAGCCAGCAGAAGCCUGCUGGAAUAGAGUGUUCAAUAAAAUUAAAUGUUCAAAACACAUCACACAUGGAAAAGCAUUUCAACAAUUAGCUAAAUCGGCAUAGUAAAAAAACUGCUUAUGUAAUCAAGAAUAAAAAAAAAACAAUUGCACUCUGAAUGUGUAAGGAAAGACAGCGUGGACCUUUGGAGCUGCUAGUUACAGUAUGAGAUUGCACUCACCUCCUGACUGUCGCCCUGCUCCUGCAAGGCUGCGUCCAGAGUAGCAAGGUUGAUACGGAAAUCUCUUGAGGUGCUCAGCUUCAUGUACUGCAUCAGAUUUACCUGCACAAACAUACACACAGAUGUUGGUGCAACACUGCAUAUGAGUGGCCUAACUGAUGACGGUGUUCAGGGAGCUUUCUGUGUUUUGCUCAAUGUUCUGUUUCUUUAUAAUCUGGCAAUUGAGAAUCAUAUUUUGUCAACUGUCUCAAGCAAUCCAGUUCACACAUACCUUUGAUUUCUUUGAGAGUGUGAUGAGGUAUUUCUCAUACUGCUCAAUGCUGAAGAUCAAGUUAGGGAUGGCCUUUGUCUCACGCAGAAGUUUGGACUACCAAGAGAAAAAUCGAGAAACUAAUUCUGAAUGGAUUCAUUCAAAACCAAUUUGUUUGAGGGUCAGACGUUUUUUGUUGGUAUAAUAAAGAAAAACUGAAAAUUUAAAUGUAUUGUUGCUAUAAUCAAUCACAUUAAUCAUUAAAAUUACAUGAUUAUAGGAGAUAAAUGUCCUUACAGAUGCA